UUGUGAAGUUUAUUUCUCAUGUUCAAGUAGAAACGUGCACGUUAAUGGUUUUGAUGUUAUUAUGAUGAUGUUGGAUUAAUCUUGCAUGUUUGUAUUUGCACAAUAUGACGUUAUUCGUUAUUCUAUGUCGGGAAGCUGAAAGUGAAAGUACCAUGUGAAGGCGUAACCCAUACUCUGAAUGUGUCCUCAGCCUGAGUGAUUUCAGCCUGUCCUAGAAUAUCUCCAGCUGAUGCGCAACAGCAAAUAGCCUGUUUCGCAAGAAUCGGAAAUCUCGUGACGCGGGGUUAGUUCCACUGUGGGUCUGCGGCUAUUAGACUGAUAUGCUCUUUUCUCAAAUAUCGCUUCUUACCUUUUCUGCUUUGUCUGUUUUCCAAGUUGCUGUUGUAUACUCUAUAAAGAAAUUAAUUUCUGCUUGUUUGUGGCUUACAUCCACUCAGACCGUUGCUCGAAUUUACCGGCGGGUGGUUUUAUUUCCCGAGCUGUCAUACAGUAUAGGCUACACAGCUGCUCAUUCAGAAAUUCUCCUGCUCGUAUCACCGUAUGACUAACAUUAUUUAUAGCAAGUAUUUUUCAAGGACGAUCUGGUGUUGCUGGGGCUUUGAAGGACGAGACUGCUGAAGUGAAUCUAGAGGAUGACAAAGUGUAAAACAGACUGCAUCGAAAGGCCUCUGUCUCUGGCAUUUGAAAAGCUUGGUCGUGUUGUUGGCAGAUAUCCAUGUGUGUUUCUUUUAUCAGCUAUAUGUGUAGCUGCUUCCCUCGGAAGUGGUUUCAUCUUUUUUCAGGAGAGGAAGGCCAAUGAUAUUGAAGAUCAGUUUACACCUGUCAAUGGACCUGCCAAGUUGGAAAGGGCGAUUGUGGUGGAAAAUUUCCCACAAUCUGAAGAGUUUUCUCAGUUUCGGCUUGUGUCUGAAGGCACUUAUGCCUCUUUGAUCAUCACAGACUUGCAUGGUGAAAAUAUAUUAACUGAAGCUGCUUUUAAUGACAUUAUAGAGCUAGACAGACGAGUGAAAAGUAUAAUGACCAGAAACACUUUUGAAAACCUCUGUGUCAAAACAAAGGGAAGGUGCAUGUCAAAUGUAGUUUUAGACAUUAUAAAUUACAGUGCUACUGAAAUCGUUUCUUCAAACAUAAAAUAUCCGAUGAAUAAUGGCAUGUUUUUGGGAACAACCAUCGGCGGUGUAGAGCUAAAGCCAAAUAGCUCAGAACUCACCAGUGCCAAAGCGGUCAGGCUUUUUUAUUUCUUAGAUGAAAAGAAGACAAAAGAAAACUCUGACUGGCUUGAUGGCUUUCUAAAACUCCUCUCAAAUGCUACAGAGCAGAAAACGGUCCAUGUGUCUUAUUUUACAUCAACAUCAAGACAGAAUGAGCUCGAGACCAAUUCAGACUCUAUCAUCCCCCUCUUCUCUGUUACGUAUUCCCUGGCCAUUACCAUUUCAAUUCUGUCUUGUUCAAGGUUGGACUGUGUCAGGACAAAGGUGUGGGUGGCCACGUUCGGCGUUGUCUCCGCUGGGUUGGCCGUGUUGGCCAGCUUUGGACUGCUGCUGUUCUGUGGGAUGCCGUUUGCCAUGACCGUGGCCUCAGCCCCCUUUCUGAUCCUUGGUGUUGGUGUUGACGACAUGUUCAUUAUGAUCUCCUGCUGGCAGAAGACUAAAGUUAAUAAAGCUGUUGAGUUUCGUUUAGCAGAAACGUAUAAAGAGGCCGGAGUGUCCAUCACUAUCACCACGCUGACAGAUGUUCUGGCUUUCUACAUCGGUCUCAUGACACCCUUCCGCUCAGUUCAGUCUUUCUGCAUGUACACCAGCACAGCUCUUCUGUUCUGCUACAUCUUUAACAUCACCUUCUUCGGUGCGUGUCUCGCACUAAACGGACGGAGAGAGAAAGGCAACAGGCACUGGCUGACCUGCAUGAAAGUCCCAGAAGCCACUGGUGAUGAUGGAGGUUGUUGUGUUGGUGGGGCGUAUGAUAAAAACACACAUAAGGAAUUCGAAAUGCCAGUGGAUUCAUUCUUUAAAAAGUAUUACGGCCCUUUUCUGAUAAGAGCGUCGUGUGUGUGAUCUAUGCCGGGUAUUUGGCAGUCAGUAUCUAUGGAUGCUUCCAAAUGCAGGAAGGUCUAGAUCUGAAACAUUUAGCAGCAGACGGCUCAUAUGUUGGUAGUUACUAUGACAAAGAAGAUGAAUUCUUCUCUUCCUACGGUCCCAGUGUCAUGUUAGUUAUAAAGCAUGAAGACUUUCAGUACUGGAACCCAACUGCUCGUAAAAGUCUUCACUUGUGUUUGGAAAAUUUUCAA